AUGUUGGUUAGAUUCGGUCUCAGAACCGCUAGACAUCAAGGAGGACUGGUAUGCUCUGGGUUACAGACGAUAAGACCAGCCAUGAGGCUCGCAUCAUCUAGCCUCGACAUCAAUAGCGGCAAGCUAGACGACGGCAGAGAGCUGUCGGCAUUGACCGAGCAAGAGAUCAAUGACCUUUCAACAGCUUUCGAGGAGCAAACGUUUAGUGUCUUUCCAAGGCUGCAGGACGUGAAACCGGAGGAACUAGUUGGAUUUGCCAAGUUUGGUGUACAGUCCUAUUUUAUUGAAAGAUCCGCUACAGGAAACCUGCCAGUCUACACAGACUUCAAAAGGGGAGGGAAAGUUGUCACAGAGAUCCGCAAGAUACAUGGGGAUCCUGUCCAGCUGCGUAACGACCUCCAGGCGAGGCUGUCGCACCUGCCCAAAGAUUCUUUCAAGGUGAUGAUGCAGGCCAAGAAGAUCAUCAUCGAAGGCGACGUUGUUAGGCAGGUCAAAGAGGCUCUGUCCUCGAAGUUCUGA